AGUCCCGGUUCCUCCUUUGCACGUCAGUGCUGCCCGCGGCCCGUUCCCUGGGGCCUCCGGUACGGCGGAACGCUCCCGGCGCUUCCAUCGCGGUAAUGGUGGAGAGGAGUCAUGGUGGAAAGCAGGGCCCAGCGCUGCGCCCAGCGCGUCACGGCCCCAGAGGCUGAGAAAAGCCGAGCAGGAAAAGCGUGCCUUCGUUCUGCUGAUGCUUGGGCUGCGCCGAGGGCUUUAAGUUAAGGGAGGAAGUCAGCAGAAAGCAUAGCAAACACGAGUGUGGUUGGGGAGCUGUAAGCAUCGCUGUGCAGGCAGGGUGUGGAGUAGGGCGGCCUGUACCUGUGAGGAGGUAAAACAGUGCCUGAGUUGAGGCUGGCACCUGCUGCUCAGGUGUAGGGCUGUUUCCUUCCAUCUUUACAUGUAAAGUUGGAAUUUUUUUUGAAGGAGUUGGCGCUAACAGCAGUUCUGUAGCUGCUCGUGUGGAGGUUCUCUCGUGUGGAGAUUCUCUCGUGCCCAUUGCAGCUAUUCUGCAGUGUUGAAAAGAAAACAAAAAACAGCCCUUCAGAGUACAAGGCUGAACAUUUGUAACUGUGGCAAAGAAGACUUAUCAUUUCCAAUGAGGACGUACAGUUUACAUCUGCUAAACCCAAAUACUCUUUUUGACCUUCGGUCUAUGUUAAACAUUUCAGAAUUCUAGAAAUUGAAGCUUGCUUCAUUAACAGAGAUGUUGUUCUGUGAGGCACUGAAUUCUUAAUUUUUAUAAUUAAACGCUUUCCCAAGAACUAACUGUCUUUUUAAUGAAUAACUUCUUUCUGCAUAUGGGCAAAACUUUCCUCAAGAGAAAAUUUCUUACUGACUUGUCCUUCUGCCUUGUUCGAGGUCAUGGUUGUUUCUCUGAAAAAUAUCAAAUUCCAGCAGUUUGACUCUUAGUUCUCCAAAUAUCUCAAGGUCUUUAUUUUGAAUGCUGAUCUUUUUUAGUUGAGGUUGUGUUGGUUGGAGUCCGGAGGGCAGUGGUUAGCAGUGUGUGCUCUGUGAGAUGUGCAUUGCCUUUCCUCUGGUUAGCUUCUGUGCUUUUCUUAAUGGAAAGUGGUCUCUCUGAACUGGCUGAACAAUUCCAAUAAAAAGUGAAAAAUCCAUAUUUGUGGGAGUGUUAAGCUGUUCUUUUCAAGAACUUGAAAGGUUUUCCGCCCCUUAUGGUAGCUGCCUGUUUUUUUGCUAGGGGUUUCAGAAAGGAAUUAGUAUUGCUCUAAAAUUCUUUGAAAAAUGUUAGUAUGUGGAGCUUUGUAAUAUCCGUAGUUGAACCAUUAUAGUGAAGAUGGUGUUUGCAAAAAGAAAACAUCUCCUGGAUUUGUAAGACAUGGGGACCUAAUCCAUAAUCCACGCACGUGAGAGUCCAAAUUCUCUGAAAAUAUUCCUGAAGAGUAAGGAGUUCUUCAACAUAUCUCUUGUUGGAUUAAUUGUGUCAGUGUGGUUCUAUUUAGAAAUAAGUUCCCUUUCUCUUAAGGCAGUUUUAAGUUCAACUGAUUUUGGUAGAGAAAAAAAAUUCAUGUAUUUGCCCUUCAAUUAGUUCUGAAAAGUCAAUACUGAACUCCUAUCAGUUUGUGGCAAGGACAAACUCUCUUCUCAUUGACACCUAUAAAUCACCAAAAGCCCCACAGUGGCAAUUACAUGAGAAUAAGGGAAACAUUAAAAAUCUGGUAACAGGAUUUGAGCUGGCUGCUCACAAAGAGGAAAGGGUCAGUGUUAAACACUGAGGAUACACUGCCUGGUGUUGACUUGGGGGGGGGUUGUACCUUGAAGUGAGUGAACUUUGGCCGUCACCGAGUGAACAGUGAACCACAGUUUCUGUCAGCGAGUUGCACUGCUGCUCACAGGCGGUUUGUCUAAGGAGGGAGAGGAGAUCUGAGGUUUUAGUUCCUGAAGAAGAUUGCUGUCUUCUCCUGUAAAGCACGAAUGGGUGUGUUGGCAAAACAUAGUCUGGAUGGAAUUAUAUGUUCUAAUGCAUCACUGAGUUUUUCUCUUGUUGAUAACUUUUCUGGAAUUAAAGUAGGCUGCAGAUAUUCCCAGAGGCAUGAAUGUUCAGUGAAAAAAAAAUGGAUUGGAAUAUCAUCUCUAGUGGUCGCUAAAAGCUUUCCUUCAUAUAGAAUUUGAUGUGUGAUAUAAGAAGAUUCACAUGUGACAGAUAUUAUGGAAUGUAGAAAUAAGCAAGUCUGCUCUGUAAAGAGGAUUUAUUUUAAUUUCAAGUCAUCAUUGCUGAAUGAUGCAAAGCUAUUACGAUUUCUAAGCCUUUAAUGAAGCUGGUUUGUAAAUGGUGGCUACUGAAGAGAAAUGAAUAAAAGAUUCUAGCCUUUGCAGAGAAUACUUUAAUACUUGGAAUUUGAUGACGUGAGCCAGUCAGGAUGCUUUCAGAACUGCAUAACUUGAGAAGGAGGGCUUGAAAAAGUUACCUCUUUGUAAAGCAAGCAAACAGCUAAUCUGCAUAAAUGACACAUUAUGAUGGAGAUCAUUUCAAAAAAGAAAAGACACGAUCUCUGCAGUCAGCAGUAGGAGCAUGUCAAUAUUAAGGACUCUUUAAUUUAAUCAUUAAAUUUAUUUUUUUUAAGGUUUGUGGAUUCAAUCCACAGUGGGCUGUACUGCCCACUCUACGUAACAGGUUGCCAUUUUUUUAUUUUUAAGAUCUCUUCUGUAGAGAAGCCUUUGAGCCCUAUAGAGUUACUCCAUUUCUCAUUCUCACACAAGAUCUGUUUGCAAGCCUGUCCUUUGCAUGAGCCUCACAAGGGAGCUGGUGAGGAGGCCUGAGCAGAGCAGGCUUGGCAGGAACCACCAGGCUGCUGCUUCUGAUCAGAGCUGUGCCUGCUGCUGCUCUUCUCUUCCUGGGCAGCUGCCUGGAGGAGCAGAGUUCAAGCCCUCAGUCCUUGCUUUCUUUGGCAAGGGCUGGUACUUGCAUAUCCCAUGUCUUGUUAAUGCCCUGUGCCCGGUGGUGUGCAGCUCUGAUGGGAAACGCUCUCAACCUCAUGUUGGACUUCUUUCUAUUCAAAGAAAACAGUUAUCACAGAAUGAGACGCAUUCUCACCGUGCUGCUUGGUAAUUAGGGCAUCUAGCUGGGGAGGAGGUGAUGAAUUUUUUUCUCCCUUGCUCAAAGAAUUGUGCUUUGAUUCGAUCCAGUAGCUGGUUAGUAAAACUGCACAAAUGAUCAUUGCAAAUGAGGGGAAAUCCAAGUCAUCUACUUGGACGGCUGAAGACGAGGCUGAAGUCUUCUUUGAGAGCUAUUUAGCACUUUUGUGUGAGGAACAGCUUCAGCUGGAGAUUGAAAUUGCCCCCAUCUGUACCUGUGUGGCUGCUUUUUUGGAAGGUGAAAAUGUAGGUUUAAAGUAUUGAAAAGGAAUUAAGUUUGUAUCUCUGCAUGGGUGAAAAGUCUAGUUGGUGAAUUAAGAUGUAAGGCAACACCAGCCACUAACUGAAGUGUGUCCCUUUCUCUACUUUUGUGUCAUGUUCUUCUGAUGUGGAGCAGUAAAUGUCUCCUCCUGCUGCUAGGACUCCGAGCUCUGGAUAUGAACGGAUUUGAGAAUGAAGCAUUGUCAGCAGUGUUUCCAGUCUGCUCUUCCAGACAGUGCAGGGCUCAGCAUCCUUUGCAGUGCUCCGGAGCCUUUCCUUGCAGCUCAGUUCUGGCUGCCUUCAGGUUGGCAGAUUGGGAGGGCAGGCAGAGGAGACAGGUAACUGCUGAGCCCGGCCAAGUUAACAUGCAAAUUUGAACCUUUUUCCAAAUACAGACAUUAAUGAAAUGUGUCUGUAUUUCAGAUAAAAAGCAUCUCAGUCUCACUUACUAGAAAAUGGUCUGGAGAUCCCAAACUUCCCAUGGGAGAGAAAGGUAGUAAUAGAAGUACCACGACUUGGAUUAGUUGUACACUGUGUCAUGGGAUUGGGUAGCUAAAAGUUAAUGUAAAAUAGGAACAUCCAGAUCUUACAGCUUCCAUCAUCUGGAAGUAGUACAGCUGCUCAAUGAAGGUUCUGGGGCUUCACACCCACCUUCCUGUCACUGCGAUCAGUUCCAUCAAAUAUCUUGGUCUAAAAUAAUCACAGGAAAGUCAGUGGUUAUCAUUGUUACUAAACUCCAUUGCAACCAUUUCUGCAAUGGAAAAAUGUUACUGUAUUACAAACAAAAUGACUCAACUCUGAUAUAUUAUGUAACUUUGAAGCUGGGCAUUUAGUUUGUCAUCUGAAAUGCUGCUUUUAAUAGUAAUACUAUAAAAUAUAUCGAAGCAAUGACAUGUAAACAUAGUUGUGUGUGUGUGUGUGUGCGUGUGUAAAAUUUGCUGUGCCUCACCAAACUCUUGUAUGUUUGACCUGUUUCUCUAUGCGGGAUGCUUCUGCUUUGGCAAGGAAAAGAAGCCUGGCACACUGUAUAGAUGUGGCAUAUUUAACAGAUUAGGACAAAGGAUAAUUAUACUGAGCAUAUUUUCUGUUUAAAACCAAAACCCCAGUGGCUUCUCAUUUUAUGUUGUUUUCUUCUUUCUCUCUGUUCAGUUCAGAGCACUGAAGCAAUUUGUUCUUCAGGAGUCCCUGAAAUCCAUUGUUUCUGACAAGGAACAGGAAUUUAUUAAACAUUUGGCUUAUGCCUUCUGUAGGAGUCAGCGUGAUGGGGAGGAGGUGUGGCACCUUCUGAAGGCACAGCCUUCAGGUGGGGCAGUGGCAGGUAGCAGGUGUGGUGGCUUCCCUUGCUGUGGCUGCCCAAAGCUUUGAGCUGAGAGCUUUCCUCAACUGAGUGCCCAUUUCAUUAGUCUUUCUCCUGACAAGAAAUCUGGAAGUCAGCACAUGCUGAGAAGAAUCUGCCGUUUCUGAUGAAUAAAUACGCAGAGAUCUGUGCGUAUCAGUGGUGCGCUCUUCAAGAAUCUGUUUUGUUUUCUUUCCGUGCUGGUCAGGGAAACAACUAUUUUAGAAGCCUAUAGAGAAGUGGUGUUAGCUGUGCGUGUCUGUAGUAUCUGUGGGGACAGAAUGUGGAUACUGAGUUGGAGUUCUUGCAUUUGAGCUAGUUAAUGAGCAGUUUGCUCGGAGACUGCCAGUGACCAGCCUUCCUUUGCACCUCUCCCCUUGUGUGUCAUGAUGGCAGCACUUCCUCGGGCAGUCAGGGCUGUGCAAAGAGGAGUGUAAAGCCUUGGGUUUUGGUCUGGGAUCAGCAUGGUGGUGGUGGCAGCACCUUGGUGUUCCAGGAAUGCAGGUGUUUCCUGCAAGGCUUUACGCCGCAGUUCUGUCCAACCCUUGUCCUGCUGUUUGGGUUGGGAAGUUGAAGCAAGUGAGCUGAAGGAUGUGGUAGGAUUCCUUAUAGAGGAAUGAAAUGCCUUUUUAGGUGUGUUGGCUCAUUUGUUUUUGCAAUUACUUGUUUUGCUUUGGGAUUUCAGUGGUUGAAAGAUAAAUGUAGUGAGAGAAGAUAAAAGAGGAGCAUGUUUUUUCAUCCCUGCAAGAGCUUUGACUGUGCUUUCAGACGAGCUGGCUGCUGUUGUCCAGUACAUGUGAAUAUUUUGGCCAGUGUUGGAAGCACCACCUCAGCAGCUUUGUUCUUAAGGGACAGGUUCAACUUCCAGUUUGUUUUGUUUUAUGUUUACUGUGGGAAUUUGUUCUGGGGGGUGGGAUUUCUGCAUAAUAUUGAAAGGGCGCUGAGCUAGGGGCAUGUUGUACAAGAGUCCUGUUUAAAGGGCACUGAAUGUUCAUCGUGUUAAGUAGAAUUUCUAGACAGAUGGCUACAAUUAAUGUAAAAUACUAAAGCACCACUCGAUAUGUGGAUGUAAUUAUUUCAGUGGUCCAAUACUUUAGCAUGGAUUACAUGUUACCAGAGCCAACAGUGGAGUCACAGUGAAGAGUUUCUGAAUUCAGGAGAGAGAGCACAGCUUUCUCAAAACAAUUACCUUUUUCCAUGAAAAAAUACAUAUAUAUUGAAAUGUGUCAUUUAAAUAUCUAAAUAUUUGCAUUCUAAUAAGCUGCUAGGAUAGGCUUGUUCAGAGCCUUGAAGUGAACUAACAGGUCUCCAGGUUGCAUAGAAAGUCAACAUUGCUGCACAUUGCAGGGCAGGGUGGGGCUGUGCUGCUCUCAGGUGGAUGUGGAUGUGAGUCUUCCACCAAAGUUUUAAUGUAAAUGGUUUCAGUGAACUUCCAGGAUGUCUUUUUUUGUAGAACUUAAGUUAUGUAAAAUGCAACAUAUUUUAGAACAGUUGUUUGGUUUUUUUUUUGAAUAGGCAGAUGUGAAAGACAUGCAUGAUACCUCUGAACAGGGAAUUUUCAAGAGAAAACACUUAAUAACAAACCAAUUGAAAUUAUUGCUUGCUUUAUCCUUAAGUGUUAUCCAGAAUGCCAGGAUUUUCAGUACAUCAGAUGUUUUCCUGCAAGUUUGCUGAAGUGGAGCUGUGUUGUGUCAGAUAGAGGUGUAAAAAAAACUGGGCAGAACAAUCUCGGUCCUUCUCGAGUGCUCUGAUGGGGGAGGGAGAGGGAGGUGACAUAAGAGAGUCAUAGAAUUAUUAAGGUUGGAAAAGACCAGUAAGAUCAUCUAGUCCAACUGUAGCACCACCAGGCCUGCUAUGCUGUGUCCUUAAAAUAGUACUUUCUCUUGUUAUUAGUAUCUCUUUGUGAUUCUCAAUAGAAAAUGGUUUGGUAUCUGGUUAAACAUGAAUAAAAACUUCAGAAGGAAAGCAUUGCUGUACUUCACUUCAAAUGAAGUGAACAUGGGUAAUAUUUUGUGCCUUCCUCACACCCUUCCCAGGCCCAUUCUAUAACCAGAGAGUGCUCUUAGAGCUGUGAAAGGUUGAGUUAAGAUGAGGUUGGAUGCUUAUGCUCUUUCUGUGCCAAUAAAUGUCUUCCUUUUCCUAACUAAGGUUGUAUUUAAUUCUAUGAAAAAAACUUUAAUGCCACUUAUUGUGAUUAUGUUCAAAUUCAACUUACUGUAGCCUACAGUAAUUCAGUUCAUGAGCCUUUCUGUACAGUUAUUAAACUAUCAAAAAGUUGUGGUUUUGAGUACUUUGAUGUAGGAAUUCCAUGGUAGUCUAUAAAACAUUGAAAUGGUAUUUUUUUAUUCAGACUCAUUCUAAACUACCAGAAAGCAUGUUUUAAAUAAUCUGUUAUUCACUUACAGCUGCCAAAACGUAGUACAGUGAAAUAAUGGUCUUCUAGCCUGCUAAGCAACUGUCCAGCUUCCACAAUGCCUGUGCAGGCAGCUCAGUGGACAGAAUUUCUGUCCUGCCCAAUCUGCUACAACGAGUUUGAUGAGAAUGUGCACAAACCCAUCAGCUUAGGUUGCUCUCACACUGUCUGUAAGACCUGCCUGAACAAGCUUCAUCGCAAGGCAUGUCCUUUCGACCAGACUGCCAUCAAUACAGACAUCGAUGUGCUUCCUGUAAACUUUGCACUUCUCCAGUUAGUUGGAGCCCAGGUACCUGAUCAUCAGACAGUAAAGUUGAGUAAUGUAGGAGAGAACAAACAUUAUGAAGUAGCAAAGAAAUGUGUUGAGGAUUUGGCACUCUACUUAAAGCCAUUAAGUGGAGGAAAAGGUGUUGCUAGCUUGAAUCAGAGUGCACUGAGCCGUCCAAUGCAAAGGAAGCUUGUGACACUGGUGAAUUGUCAGCUGGUAGAGGAAGAAGGUCGAGUUAGAGCUAUGAGAGCAGCUCGAUCGCUGGGCGAGAGAACCGUUACAGAAUUGAUCUUGCAGCACCAAAAUCCUCAGCAGCUUUCUGCCAAUCUUUGGGCUGCUGUCAGGGCACGAGGAUGUCAGUUUCUAGGGCCAGCUAUGCAAGAGGAGGCACUGAAACUUGUAUUACUGGCACUGGAAGAUGGCUCCGCACUCUCAAGAAAAGUUCUGGUACUUUUUGUGGUGCAAAGGCUAGAACCAAGAUUUCCUCAGGCCUCUAAAACAAGCAUUGGUCAUGUUGUGCAGCUACUGUAUAGAGCAUCAUGCUUUAAGGUCACUAAAAGGGAUGAAGAUUCUUCUCUGAUGCAACUUAAAGAAGAGUUUCGGAGUUAUGAGGCUUUGAGGAGAGAACAUGAUGCCCAAAUUGUUCACAUUGCCAUGGAAGCAGGACUUCGAAUAUCACCAGAACAGUGGUCUUCCCUUCUUUAUGGUGACUUGGCACAUAAAUCUCACAUGCAAUCCAUUAUUGACAAGCUCCAAUCUCCAGAGUCUUUUGCAAAGAGCGUGCAAGAAUUGACGAUCGUCUUGCAGCGCACAGGUGAUCCUGCAAACUUAAACAGGCUGAGACCUCAUUUAGAGCUCCUGGCAAACAUAGACCCAAAUCCAGAUGCAGCAUCUCCAACAUGGGAGCAGCUGGAAAAUGCAAUGGUGGCUGUAAAGACGGUGGUACAUGGGCUGGUGGAUUUCAUUCAGAAUUACAGUAGAAAAGGCCACGAAACUCCACAGCCACAACCAAAUAGCAAAUACAAAACAAGUAUGUGCCGAGACCUUCGACAACAAGGGGGAUGUCCAAGAGGAACCAACUGUACAUUUGCUCAUUCUCAGGAAGAGCUUGAAAAGUAUCGCUUGAGGAACAAAAAAAUCAGUGCAACAGUGAGAACAUUCCCCCUUCUAAAUAAAGUUGGCGUUAAUAGCACCGUCUCAACCACUACAGGAAGCGUAAUUUCUGUCAUAGGAAGCCCUGAAGCAACAGGAAAGAUGGUGCCAAGUACUAAUGGAAUAGCUAAUCUAGAAAGUGGUGUUCCCCAGUUGAUUCCUCGCUGUGCAGACACCUCCUUAAGAGCUUUGGAGAACACCAAGAAGGCAGGGAAGAGCGGAGCCAAUGGCCAGAAUGUUUCUGGAUCCCCUACAGAAUCACUACCUGAGAAUAAAAUUGGUUCUCCACCCAAGACUCCUGUAAGCCAGGCAGCAGCUACCUCAGCUGGUCCUCCUAAUAUUGGAACAGAAGUGAAUUCUGUGCCUCCAAAAUCCAGCCAGUUUGUUCCCAGAGUACCUGUUUACCCUCCACAUUCUGAUAACGUUCAGUAUUUCCAAGAUCCCAGAACUCAGCUGUCGUAUGAAGUUCCGCAGUACCCACAGACAGGAUACUAUCCACCACCUCCAACAGUACCAGCUGGCGUGGCUCCCUGUGUUCCUCGAUUUGUGAGGUCCAAUAAUGUUCCAGAAUCCACCCUCCCACCUGCUUCCGUGCCAUAUGCCGAUCAUUACAGUACGUUUCCACCUCGAGAUCGACUGAAUUCUCCUUACCAACCUCCUCCUCCGCAGCCGUAUGGACCAGUUCCUCCCGUCCCUUCUGGAAUGUAUGCUCCAGUUUAUGACAGCAGACGCAUCUGGCGCCCACAGAUGUACCCACGGGAUGAUAUUAUUAGGAGCAAUUCUUUACCUCCCAUGGAUGUGAUGCACUCAUCUGUCUAUCAGACAUCAUUACGUGAGAGAUACAACUCUUUGGAUGGCUAUUACUCCGUGGCUUGUCAACCUCCAAAUGAACAGAGGACUGUGCCUUUACCAAGGUUCUCUGAGAGUGUCAGUGAUUUGAGUGGAACUAAAUUUGAGGAAGAUCAUCUCUCUCACUAUUCACCGUGGUCUUGUGGCACUAUUGGCUCUUGUAUAAAUGCUAUCGACUCAGAGCCCAAGGAUGUGAUUGCCAAUUCAAAUGCCGUGUUAAUGGAUUUGGACAGCGGGGAUGUUAAAAGGAGAGUGCAUUUAUUUGAAACUCAGAGAAGGGCAAAGGAAGAAGAUCCUAUAAUCCCAUUUAGUGAUGGACCGAUCAUUUCCAAGUGGGGUGCAAUCUCCAGGUCAUCCCGCACGGGUUAUCACACAACAGAUCCAAUUCAGGCCACUGCUUCCCAAGGAAGUGCAACUAAGCCCAUCAGUGUAUCAGAUUAUGUUCCUUAUGUCAAUGCUGUUGACUCAAGAUGGAGUUCUUAUGGCUCAGAUUCAGCUUCAUCAGCACGUUAUGCAGAACGGGACAGAUUCAUAGUUACAGAUUUGUCUGGUCACAGAAAGCAUUCCAGCACUGGAGAUCUAUUAAGUAUUGAAUUACAGCAGGCCAAAAGUAACUCAUUGUUACUUCAGAGAGAGGCAAAUGCACUAGCCAUGCAACAGAAGUGGAAUUCUCUAGAUGAAGGCAGUCGACUUACCUUAAAUCUUUUAAGCAAGGAAAUUGAUUUGAGGAAUGGUGAGACUGAUUAUAGUGAAGACUGUGCCGAUACAAAGCCAGAUCGAGACAUCGAACUGGAGCUGUCUGCCCUUGACACAGAUGAACCUGAUGGGCAGGGUGAACAAAUAGAAGAGAUUCUGGAUAUACAGCUAGGUAUCAGUUCUCAAGAUGAUCAGCUGCUCAAUGGAACAACUGUAGAGAAUGGGCAUCCACUAAAGCAGCACCAGAAAGAAUCUAUGGAACAGAAGAGACAAAGUUUAGGUGAAGACCUUGUGAUUCUGGAGGAGCAGAAAACAAUCCUGCCCGUAACUUCUUGCUUCAGUCAGCCGAUCACAACAUCUGUUAGCAAUGCAAGCUGCCUGCCCAUCAGCACAUCAGUCAGUGUUGGCAGCCUCAUUUUGAAAACUGCUCACAUUAUGUCUGAGGAUAAAAAUGACUUUUUAAAGCCUGUUGCAAAUGGCAGGAUGGUUAACAGCUGAAAGGCAUUCAUCUUUCCAGCUUGUGACCACACCGUGGAAGCAUUUACACUAGCUUUUUAUAUAUAUAAUAUAUAUUAUAUAAUGUAUAUUUUUUUUAAAGAAUAAUAUUGGGGUCAUGCAUUUCCUGUGGACUCUUUGAUACUUCAAGCCCCUCUCGCAUUAGCAUUCUGAAGAAAAAAACUUACUUUACUAGGGUAAGGCGUUCACUUUCCACAGAUGAAUGGAAUUUGGACAUUGUUUUACUUAAGCUUAAAGCAGCUUUUUAUGAGUUUGUAGCAAUCCGGUGCGGUAUCUGAGCCAUUCUUGUUUAAAAUGGCUUCUGUAGAAAACUAACAACUCAGUUAUUUAAACUAGCAGGAUCCUACGAUGAUACAUCUAGUGAAAGGAAGACUAACUUAUUUGUCUCUAUUUUGUUUCAUGAGAGAAGAACUUGUGUCUUGUUGCAGCUGCUUUUUCCUUAGUUACGGAACUUUGCAUGGAGUAUUGUUUCCUGAUUGAAGACUGAGAGGUGGGGAUUUGGACUUGAGACUUUUUACAGGGUUAACACACCAUUAGCUUUGCACUGCUGCGUUAUUUGCAGGUCUGUGGUGCAGUGCUUUGCUGCAGCGUUUUGUUUCCAUUUCUCCUCCCCGUGCACAUACAUACACACACACGCACACACACAUUUCUGUUUUAGUACUGUAGAUACACACGUACACAGGCUACUUGUCCAAGUAAAGUUACCAGAAGUAAACCAAGUGCCUAAGUCCUCCAGCUAACGUACUAGGUAUUGAUCUCCCAAGUUAUACAGAAAACAAUUUUCAGUCAUAUUGAGAGGUUAUGCACUAAUGUAACAGCAGUUUGUUCUUUUUUUUUUAUUAAUGGUUCUCAACUUGCAGAUUAUAGAAUCCAGAUGACUUGGCAAAAAGUAUCAGGUGCUCUUUGCUUUCCUUUGAAAACCCUGUAUGUAGUGUUUGCACUGACUAACAAGAUGGUAUUGCUGUUUUUGUACUGUUUUGUUUUUAAUUUAAACUAAAUAUUGGGAAUUUAAGGCAGUUAUUACCUUUUAUUUAGUGUUGUUAAUCAUAAUUUUAUAUUCAGGUUUAAUUUUUGCUUGUUCGGUGGCAACUUAUUUUGAAAGACUUUGAAAAUAACAAUAAUAUAGCAUUAUCUGACCUUUAGAGCUCUGAAAAGCGUAUGAAUUUAUGCCCUGUAAGAUGUGACUGAGAAUCAUGUUAGACAUGUCAGCUGAAGAUAGGGUUUUUUUUGUGUUUUUUUUUUCCAUAAAUGCACACGAAGUAGAGCCCUGGGCAUAUGUUUGUUUGGUUUUUAAGAAGCUUUUAAUCAGCUUCUUUUUUUUAAAGAAAGCAGGACUCUCCCUCCUGAUUAUUACCAUCUUGUUUGUCCUCUUACUUUUCUUUGUGACAAGUUUUACUUUUUUGUUUGUUUGUUUUAUUAACUUCUGUGAAGUUGUUUACUCUGAAAAUUGUACUGGAAUAUUUUAAGCCAAGCUGAUCUUUCACCAGGUGUACUGCAUGUAAGGGCUUUUCCUGCUAGCAAAAUGCUUAAAGAGGAUCAUGUUACUGGUCGUCUGAGUUGUUAUUUUACAAAAUCACAGCUAUGUGGUCGGGUAAGAUUUUGAUAACUGUUUUGUGCACGUUUCUGGGGGGUGGGGGUUGGCAUUUCCCUGAGGGUUACUGAUUAGACUAAGUAAAUAUUGGUGUUUGAUAUCUCUCCUAAUGAACCUGUCCAUGAAAUAAUUAUGUUGUAAAUAUACCUGAAAAUCAAGGGUUAGUUUUGAUAUUCUGGUGUCAGUAUGGAAGAUCUUACACAUCUACUUAAUACUCAAAUGUUAAGGAAUGUAUGUAGAAAAACAGUCAAGUAGUCUUUUAGUUUCCUUUGGCUGUUGCUGUACCUUCCUAUAGCCAGUGCCACCUCAUAGCUAGGGUUAGAUCGAUGCUUUGUUUCACUUGCAACUCAAAGUGAAUGGAUACAAGAACCAGACCACCUUUGUCACCUUAAUUUAUUUCCUAUUGAUGUUAAACUUAACUUAGAAUGUUAGACAUAAAUAUGAUUGUUGUAUAUUUUAUACCAAGACCAUUCUGUAAAUACGAAUUUAUAUUACUUUUGAAAUGCUUCUGAGAUACUAUUAUUUGCUGUACAAUGUAAUUCCAAAACAGAUAUGCAAACAAGUAUGUCUCUUUCAUGGAUAUUUAAACAGUGAGAUCUUCCAUGUUGAAGGUGAUGUAAUUUUUUUAAAAGAUUUUUAAAUUUUAAAUUGCUAUUUUGUUACAAAAAUAGAGAAAAUAUAAAGGUUUGAGAAGUCCUUAUUUGCCCUCAGGGAAAGAGCCCUCUGUGCACCAGAACUCCACAGAACAUCUUCAGCAUGAUCUGAGGGUGAAUAUAUACUACAUAAAUUGAUUGUGUAUUUACCUUAACUUUUUAAUUUUAAAAUUGCAGUUUUAAAAACUUGGUUGUGCUCUGCUGGAGGGGGAUUGGAAUAAGCUGCUUACACACAUUUGCCUGUUUGUCCAGUGAAGUUACAUAAGCCUAACAUAUUCCUGCCAACCAUAUUGGCAUAUAUAAGAACAAAUGUAUCUAUAUACUCUUGCCUGCAGCAGGAGGUCCCAUGAUAUAGUAGUUCUCUAGGAUGACCAUAUACUUUAUAUGGAGAGUUGGUUCUUAACUGAGACUAGUUAUUUUCUUGAAUUUUUAAUGUAGAGAAUGACAGGCAAAAGAAUUACCUGGGCAUUUAAAUAGCAUGCCAGCUUUUGUCUUACAGUUCUAACACUGACUGUGUGAUUUUUGCCAUGAAACUAUGCCCUCCAGUGCCCUGACAAGUAGAAGCUACAGGUGGGAACCCAGUUCUGGCUUUCUUCUUGGUGGAGUUUCAUCCCUUGACCCUAUGAACAAGUAUGUAUUCAUUUGUCUAGUUGCAAAUCAGGUGCCUCUGGGCUAUGGAAGGGCUUACUUUCUGACACUGAGAUAUAAUUACUAAUUUUUGUGCAUUAAUAGCAGUGGUUCCCAUUUAGCUUUUGGCCUAAGAUACCUUUGCUGUCAAGAAGAAAAAA